AUGGCGACGCACGACCAGGCUCCCAGUGCCGCCACCGACCUGCUGCGCCAGGCCAUGAUGCAGAGAGUUGGCGAUGACGAUCAUGACCACAUCGGCUCCAACAGCUCCACGCCUCCGGGCAUCGAAACACCACGUCCGGAUCCGACCGACAAGCGACAGCCCGGCAUCCUCAGCUAUUUUGGCCAGGUUCGUUCCUCUCUCCCCUCGAUUCCCUCGGUCUUCCGCCCCCGCACGUCGCUGUCCGGCCCCUCUGCCUCUGCCCAGCCCUCAGAGCCCCAAGAGCCUUCAGAUAGCCCUGAUGCACAGCGCGAUGAAGGCGCGGAGAGAGGACGCGCUCCAGAGCCGACAGUGGGCGCUGGCGCUCUCCCCACUGCGCCCAGCUCGCCGAGCAAGCAGUCGGGCGGCGAGCACAGCUCUCCCCCACUGCUGCCGCACGAGCGCUUGUCAGCGCCGCAGGGCGAUGCUUCAUUCUCCUACCCCACGCCUCCAGCUUCUUCCGCAUCUUCCCUGCACAGAGUGAGCAAGGGCGAGAAUAGCACAUCCACAAGCGGGCCCUCCUCCCCUUCGUCUGCGGAGGAUAAGAACGACGGCUCUUGCGCAUCCACCCCACGAAGGCAAACUCUUGCCAUGUCAGAUCCUGUCUCUAGCGUCACCACCACGACUGCUGUUCCUGCUGCACACUUCUCGACUCCUUCGAGCACAGCCCCAAGCAAUCCGCCGACCACUCUUUCUCACUCUGACGUUGCCAACCCCUCCGCUUGUCCUGCAGAGUCGUCACCCAAUGAGGAGGGCAAGACGCUAACUGAAAACGUGGCGCGUGCUCAGAAUACUCCGCCGCAAACGCCGAGGACCCAGUCUCAGGAAGGAAAGGUGACCUCGAACCCGUCGCAAUCUGCCCGCAGCAGUGGUUCGACGGGUGGCUCCAACAGCGGUGUUAUCGCGCCCAAGGGCAAGCUGUCUGUUUCUAUUACCGAAGGUCGUGGCUUGCGACCCAGCGUCGAUCCUUACGUGGUCUGCCAGUUCCAAUGGGCAGAAGACAUUUCAGAUGGUCCGAAGAAGGGUGAGGAGCCGCCGAGAGGAGCGAUGGCCAUGAUGCGCACCGACAGCGACUCGGGAAGGGCCAUGGCGAUUCCAAUGAGGAGCCGACAAAGCAGCAACCACGGAUGGAACCCUCAGGAGUCCAGGGACCGUAAUGAGAUCAGCGAUCCCAAGUGGGACCACAACGCCGUUUUUGACGUCGUUGGUGACCACGCGGAGAUUGACGUAUCCGUUUACGACAAAUCAAACAACGAGGCCUUUUUGGGCCACGUUCGUUUCUGCCCCAACCUGGUCGAGUACGAGAAGCCUCUUGAUGCGUGGUUCCACCUGGAGCCUCGGGAAGGCGAGCAAGACUUUGUGACUGGAGAGAUUCACUUGCGAGUGAACUUCCAGAAGGUCGAGAAGAAGCACUAUGGCCCGGAAGAUUUCCAGAUCUUGAAGCUCAUUGGAAAGGGCACUUUCGGCCAAGUGUUCCAGGUCCGUAAAAAGGAUACUGGCCGAAUUUACGCCAUGAAGGUCCUCUCGAAGAAGGUGAUUGUGCAGAAGAAGGAGGUCGCGCACACGCUUGGCGAGCGCAACAUCCUCGUCCGUACUGCCAUGGCCGAUUCGCCUUUUAUUGUCGGUCUGAAGUUUUCGUUCCAAACACCGACGGAUCUCUACCUAGUGACCGACUACAUGUCUGGCGGCGAGCUUUUCUGGCACCUGCAAAAGGAAGGGCGUUUCAACGAAGCACGUGCCAAGUUCUACAUUGCCGAGCUCAUUCUGGCGCUGCAGCAUCUCCACGAACACGACAUUGUCUACAGAGAUCUCAAGCCUGAGAACAUUCUCCUUGACGCAAACGGACACAUCGCCCUGUGCGAUUUCGGUCUGUCCAAGGCCAACUUGACGGAAAACGACACGACAAACACCUUCUGCGGCACCACCGAGUAUCUUGCACCCGAGGUUCUGCUGGACGAGCAUGGAUACACGAAGAUGGUCGAUUUCUGGUCUCUUGGUGUCCUUGUGUUCGAGAUGUGCUGCGGUUGGAGCCCCUUCUACGCAGAGGACACGCAGCAGAUGUACAAGAACAUCGCGUUUGGAAAGGUGCGUUUCCCUCGUGAUGCGCUCAGCACCGAGGGCCGGAACUUUGUCAAGGGCCUGCUCAACCGGAACCCCAAGCACCGUCUCGGCGCAAACCGUGAUGCGGAGGAACUCAAGGCGCAUCCCUUCUUUGCCGACAUUGACUGGGAAGCCCUGUCCAAGAAGAACCUGGUGCCGCCUUUCAAGCCGAAAUUGAAGUCCGAGCUGGACACGUCCAACUUUGACCCUGAAUUCACGAACGCGCUGAACCAGGCAACUUCGCUCAACGCACGGGCUGCCGCCCUCGCAGCGGGAAUGAAUCCGGCAUCGACGCCACUGUCGCCGACGAUGCAGGCUAACUUCAAGGGAUUCACGUUCGUGGACGACAACCACAUUGACGAGCACUUUGGCGGUCGCGAGUUCGAGAUGGAAGAUGAGCGACUGCAGGACCCUGAGUGGGACAAGGUGGAGUCGCCGACACGGACGGAGCGCAUGAGUGGUGUGCUACCGAGCAACGACCACGAUGAGAACAUCUUCAACAACCACAACGGCGCGGGAUUCGAGGUUUGA